UUAUCAAAUGUUUGGAUAAUACACGAGUAAUUUUAAAACAAAAGCAAGAUUAUAUUCAUGCAAAUUAUGUAACCAGUAAAUAUUUCGUGAAUCAAUUCAUUUGUACACAGGCACCAAUGAAAUCAACAGUAAAUGAUUUUUGGAUAAUGAUAAUACAAGAAAAUGUUCGUCAUAUUAUUAUGCUUUGUAAUUUAAUUGAAAAUGGCAAAAAGAAAUGUUAUAUGUAUUAUCCAACUGAAGUUGGCGAAAAAAUUGCAUUUGAUGAAAUAACAAUUUCAAAUUUAAAUGUUCAUUUGCUUGAUAAUAACAGGAUAAUAUCAAAAUUAAAAAUUGAAAAAAAUGAUAAUACAUUAUUUGUUUCACAUAUACUUUGGAAAGAUUGGCCUGAUCAUGGUGUACCAACCAAUGAAUUAAUACCAUUUCAAAUUCUUAAAAUGAUACGUCGAUCAAGGAAACGUCCAACUGUCAUACAUUGCUCAGCAGGUGUUGGUCGUACCGGUACAAUUAUGGCUAUUGAAAUGGGUCUUGAGCAACUUCUUCAUUCUGUUCCUCUUAAUAUGGUCAAAUUAUGCAAAGAAUUACGAAAUAUGCGUGCUUAUAGUGUGCAAACCGACCUACAGUAUGUCUAUAUUGCUAAAUGUUUGUUAGCAUAUGCAUGGUGUUGUGGUGUAUUCAUCGAUGCUCCAAACCUAAUUCCGAAAUCAGAUUCAUUCGAUAAAAAAUAUAAAGAAUUAAUGGAAAGUCAAUGUUUAAAACCAGCUGAAGGUUUACAAAGUGAUGCAAUGGUAGAACAAAUGGAUAUGUUCGAUACAAUAGACAAGAAAAAUGAUGAUAAAAAUGAUUAUAUCGAGAAUUACGAAGAAUUUAUCUACAGUGAUGAUUCUGAUUAA